CCCGCCGGCCCGCACCCGGCCGCCGGCCCGCUGCUGCCGCCGCGCUUCUACCCGCGCUACGUGCUGCCGCUCGCCUUCGGCAAGUACUUCGCGUCGGUGUCGGCGCACGUCAGCAUCUGGAAGGUGCCGGUGUCCUACGCUCACACCGUCAAGGCCACCAUGCCCAUCUGGGUGGUCCUCCUGUCCCGGAUCAUCAUGAAGGAGAAGCAGAGCACCAAGGUGUACCUGUCCCUCAUCCCCAUUAUCAGCGGCGUCCUGCUGGCCACGGUCACCGAGCUGUCCUUCGACACGUGGGGGCUGGUCAGCGCCCUGGCCGCCACGCUGUGCUUCUCUCUGCAGAACAUCUUCUCCAAGAAGGUCUUGAGAGAUUCGCGGAUCCACCACCUCCGGCUCCUGAACAUCCUGGGCUGCCACGCUGUGUUCUUCAUGAUUCCCACGUGGGUUCUCGUGGACCUCUCAGCCUUCCUGGUCAGCAGUGACCUGACCUACGUGUCCCAGUGGCCGUGGACGCUGCUGCUGCUGGCCGUGAGCGGCUUCUGCAACCUGGCGCAGAACGUGAUCGCCUUCAGCAUCCUCAGCCUCGUCAGCCCGCUCAGCUACUCCGUGGCCAACGCCACCAAGCGCAUCCUGGUCAUCACCGUGUCCCUCGUCAUGCUGCGCAACCCGGUCACCAGCACCAACGUGCUGGGCAUGAUGACGGCCAUCCUGGGGGUCUUCCUGUACAACAAGACCAAGUAUGAUGCCAACCAGCAGGCCCGGAAGCCGCUCCUCCCGGUGUCGGGGGCGGACCUGGGGCUGCUGGAGCGGCCGCACAACGGCGCCCUGUUCCCUGCACAUGGCCGCAGCAGCGCCCUGACCGACCACUUCCAGUACGGCCGCCAGAGCCACGCAAACUCCUACACACUCAGCCGCUACGACGUGUAGAGCCCAGAGUGGGGCCAGUGCCGGGACACACGUGACUGGCCGCCGCAGGGCCCCGGGCGGGGCAGCAAGCCCCCGACCCCCCCAGGCGCAGGGGGAGCCGGGUCAGACCUGCGUGGCCCGAGCCCCACGCGCCCCACGCACCUGCCUCAUUCUUGGGUGAUUUUGUGCGUGGUAUUCAGGACCCAGCCUGGUGAAGCAGGGUCACCGUGGCUGCAGAGCUGGCGAGAGGUGGCGUUUUGGGGGUGCAGGUGUGGAGGAGGGGCAGCUGGACACGCGGGCUGGCACAGGUUUCCCAUGGGCCCAGGACGUGGCCCGUGUGGCACUCAUGGCGGUGCCAAGUGAGACGGUUUGCAGCUGCCCAGGACCCCAGGGCCGGGGCACCCCCCGCCCCCCGCCUGCAGCUCCGCCGAGGCCCCGGUCCCUGUGUCAGGUGCGGCCACAGGUGCUGCUGUCGGCGUGGACGCCGUGGCCACCUCUGGGGACCCGAGGCCAGCCCGUGGGCUGCUCCUGGCGUGACCGGGGUGGUGCAUUUUCGGGGGGCGUUUUGUAGUUGCGUGGCAUUAGGCCGUGGCCCGCUGGGGGCUGGCGUGUGGAUGGGAAAUGCUUGUACAUGCUGAGCAGCAGUGGGGCGCCUGUUGCCAUGGUGACGAGUGGGGUGUGGGCCGCGGGUGGGUGCGUGGGGUGAGGAUCAUGGCCUGGUUAAUGGGGAGACGAUCCCCGUCGGUCUUGGGGGACCUGGCUGACCUGGUGAGCUGGGGCGGGCCCCACGGCCUCUCCCAGGAGCAGUCCACGCCCUCCUCUGCCGCAGCUGCAGUGCGUUCGCGUUCGCGCGGGGAAGCGGUCUGCUAUCUUAGGAGGUCUGCUGCUCGUUGGCCUUCUUGGCUGCCGGGGGGUCGCCCCGUGGGCGUGGCCCGUGUCACCGUGGGUGUGGCCCAUGGCCGUCAGUGCUGCUACUGGUCCUGGUCCAGCAGGAAGGCAUGGCAUGGGGCUGCGGACAGCCGCGGGUGGGGAUGAGCCGCGGGAGGCCCAGCGGUGUGGAUGGAGACCGCGCGCUCCUGUGUCUUCCUCCCCAUGCAGAGUCUGCUGGCGCGGGAGAUGAUUGCUUUGGUUUUCUUAUGGUUUAUAAAUUAAUAAAUGGGAUAUUUAAUUCUGUA